UACCAAAUUUCUAACCUCUAUAUCUUACGUUUUGGUUUGAAUUACUCGUAAUAUCGAUAAUGUUUUAACUACGAAUUGAUUUUGUUCGUAUCUUAUCAUUAAUUAUCGUCAGAUAAACGAUCAAUUUUACGUAUUAUCAUCACGAUUUAGAGUCUCAGUAUCAAUUAAACCGCCGGAAAACUCACUAUGGUUGACCCAAUCACUACAUGCAUUGCAUAUUACACUGAAGCCUUACAGCCUUACUCGAUCUUCUCUCUUUAUGCAAUAUUAUUUGCCAAUGCAAGUUUUAACUUUAAUCAAUGUUAGAGUGAAUGGUAUAGAUAAAUGUAGUGUGUGAAAAGUGUAUUGCAUGAUUUUAACGUGUUGAUUGUUCAUUUGAAGUUACUGCCCCGUAAGGUGAUAUAAGUCAAGGCAUAAUGUUGGAUUACAGUGAUGAGUUAGAAUUACAAAAAGAAGCAGACGAGGUGGAAGAAUUUGCCAUGACUUCCUUAGGAAGAUUAAUAUUUGUAGAUUUACAUUGUAGACAUCCAAAGUCUUUAUCUUCAGAUAAACUAUCUGUAGAUAUUGUUGAUUCUUUAUCACUUGCCUUUGAGAAUCUUUUUUAUAUGCCAUUUGACAUUAUAGAAAAUUAUAGCAAUACUCUCCAUACAUUGGAUAUUAGUCAUAAUAAAUUUACUAGAAACUUACAAUUUUUGGGUGAAUUUGAAAAUUUAACAUCAUUAAAUCUAGACCAUAAUAAUAUAGAUGAUCACACAAUGUUUCCACAUAUGCCAAAACUUCAACUUCUGUGGUUAAAUCAUAAUAACAUAGAAGAAUUAUAUCCAUUUAUUAAGAAUCUCUAUGAGAGUGUACCCAACCUCAGGUAUUUGUGUCUUAUGGGAAACAAGGCUGCACCAAGUUAUUUAAAUGGUGGGACUUUUUAUGACUAUCUUCAGUACAGGUUAUACGUCAUAUCUUGGUUUCCUCACUUGGUACAUCUGGAUGAUAGAACUGUGACUCCAGAACAACGUCAGGAAGCAAAAAGGCUUUUCAAGCGACCAUUGUUAGAAAAUUUAACUGAAUAUGCUCCUCUUCCAGAAUGCAUUAAACAAUUGCACAAUAAAAUUGCAAAUAUAUUUUCGAAACCAACACUGCCAUAUAAAUUAAAACCAAGAGGAACAAAUUUUAUUGUUUAAACCAGUAUUAUAUUAGUAAUGGUCUUGCUUGAAAGCUAUUAAAUUUGAUUAAGAAAAAAAUUAGAACAAUAUUUAUAGAAACUUACAUUUUUUAUUUUAUACAUAAUUAUAAAUAAUUAAAUAUAUAGAAGUAAUCACAUGGGGCAGUAACAAAACAAAUUUAUUGUACAAUUAUUAAAGUAUAUACAAAAGUACAUUAAUUUAAUUACAUUAAUUUUUCUGUUUACUUCAGUUUAAAAAAUAUAAUUAACUCUUACGUACAAUCAGAUAAUUAGUGACUAUAUAAUAUAUACAAACUUAAUAAAAAUGUAUUUAUAUUAAUAAUAAAAUUGAAUUAUGAUUUAAAA